AAAUUACAAAAAAAAAAAAAAAAAAAAAAGAGAGAAGACUGAAUUUUCGUAAUGGAAAAUCAAUGGAAAAAAAAAAAGAAAAAAAGAAAAGAAAAGAAAAAAAAAAAAGGUCAAAAUUUGUGCUGGCAAACAACGAUUGGUCCACGGAAGAUUCAACAGAGAACCACUCAAUCAAACAGGACGAAGAACACAGCGACAGCGAGCAAAGGUCACUUCAGACCAACAAGAAAACAGAAUCAAGACAAUCACGAGAAGCAGAGGGGGUGCCGAGUGAAAGAGUGACAUUGCGAGGAACGCAAAGUCUGGCGAGAAGCUGAAGGAGAGAGAGAGAGAGAGCGAGAGAGAGAGAGAGAGAGAGAGAGAGAGAUUGCGUGGAUUCUGAGACACUCGCAAAAAAAUAAGCUCAGAACUUGACAGCCAAUGGCGCAUCAAAGUUUGCUGGACAGACAGGCUUGAAGCAAAGAAACUAAAAGGAAAUGAAAUCGUGUUGGAAUUGCAAUGAAUUGACCGACAAAAUCAGAGUCGGCGAGCUCCCAACUCACUCAGAGAGUACAAUACUCGAUUCGGCAAGGUUGGAAGUGACUUGAAUGUUUGCGAGUUUAUCUCAGCCUUCCUAGGGCGACACCAUUGCACAAUCCGUAAAUGGUUGCACGCCGGAAAAGUCCUGCGUGUUGCUCGAUGAAGGAGAGAAGGUACGUGCGGCCUUGGAUGUGCACACAUGGGAUAGGUCAACGCAGGCACGCGAGAACAGCUUGCUCGGUCUGGUCAAGCAGGGCUUUCACGUCGGGAUGGAGAUGUUGGCGCUCGAGACCGCCCAUCACGGCCGUCGCAUUCGGCAUCAAGUCGUGGCCGCGGACCAUGCUGACAUACGUGGUCCAAAAAGAGACCCGAUUGUUGCGGUCAAACGAGGAGGUUGCUUCGGCUGUCAGCUGGGCGAGCAGAGAGUUCCAGAGCACGUCCGGGUCGUUUUCCGAUUCUGCGAGCUCGCGAUGGAGCAUGGCCAUGGUCUCGUCGUUCUCACUUGAAGCCAAAUCACUCGCAGGAUCCUGCGGUGGCUCGUCCGAGCCUGGGUCACUCGAGAGGGCCGAAUCAGGGGCUGCUGCGGCCUCUGUAGCUGGGUUGCUGGUGCUCGUGCUCGCCUCGGUCGUGACCGUGAAGGCAUCUGGAUCAUCAGCAGCUGGAUCAGCGGCCGCAGAUGCUCGGUCUUUGCGGUUGUCACGCUUGAGUUUGAGAUCGCCUUUCGGAAGCUUGCGGAGGUGUUCGUUCGUCAUGGUCGCAAGCCUGUCGGCUGACUGUUGCGUGAUUCUUUCAGGCUCGCAAUGGUGCGCUGCGGGCGGCGAUUUCUGCUGAGACUCCUUGAAGAACGCUUUGAAGGUCGAGACAAAGUACCACUUGCGCUGCUGGAGGGCCUGGAUCAUGCUGACGCGCAGUGUGCCUGCAUCCGCGCUCCUGAGCAGUCGGUGCAGAAUCAAGUACGACUCAAUGCACGGCAGCAGCGUGUAGACGACGGGAGCGCCCACAAUUUUUGUGAUCCGAGCCUGGGCGGCUGGGAGAUCGGGCGAAGCGGCGUACAUGUCACUGUCUCUGAGAAAGACGUGCUUGAGCUUGGCCUGCGUCAGAACGUUGGAAACACCGUGCUUGUUGACGGCGCCCGAUGUGGUCAGAAAGUGGAAGUGCUGGCCGAGGGUCGUGUACUUGCUGUAGAACGCCUGGUCGUUCGCGCCUUCCAACACGAGCAGUGGCUUGCUGUCCUUGACUUGGCUGAGUGCGUUGAGGAUUGGAUACAGGGAAGCGCGACCUUGCUCGUCCUUGGGCAGGUCGUCUGUCAGCUCGACGGCCUUGCCAUCCGGAGUGAGGAACAUAAUCUGUUGAUCCGUCUUCAAGCGCGGAUCGAUGAUGGCGCGCGAGUUGGUCGCGACAAUGAGCUGGAUGUCGUGCUCGGCGCACGUGCUGACGAGAAAGUCAUACAGCUUGGCUGUCACAUUCUCGUAGAGCAGUGCUUCGAGCUCGUCGAUGAGGAAGAUGCGCUGCUUGAAGGGACUUGGGUCGUGCGCAAUUUCCUUUUCACGCGCCUCGUCUUGCGCAGCGUUGAUGGUUGCGCCAGCGGUCAGAUGGUAGAGAAGCGUCAGAAUGGCAAUAAUCUUCUGCAGCGAGCCGGCGCAGGCACCAAUGUCGAGGGUGACGCCGUUCUCGGUGACAGUGGCCGUGACCGGACCAUCGACGCCGUCGCGAACCGCAGAGACGGUGGCUUGAAGACCGAGCUGCUUCAGUCCGUCGCUCACAAAGUCUUUUGCCUGAAACAGCCGGAAACGCAUAUGCUGAACGCCAGCGGUCAGGAACAUGUGCUCUCUGAGUAGCUCUUCCUUUCUGUCUCCCCACUGAUACAUCGGUGGCAUGAAGGCGAAGCGGAUGGGGGCGAGCGACUGGUGGUUGUCGGGUUUGUCUUGAAGCAGCCCUUUGUCCAGCGAAUACUCCAGCAUCACGUUCUCGUUGGUGUGAUGGUACGUGGUAUCGUGGAACGUGCCAGUCAGGGUGAAUUUCCUGUUUGGCGCGCCGACGCGAACGAGCGUAUCUGGCGACUGAUACUUAUUGCUAAAGAACCGAUCACCAAAGAGGUCUUCCAGCUCAUCUUCGAAUCGGAAAACAUCCUUGCUGAAGUGCUUGGAGCUGGGGACACGAGCGUUGUGGCCGCGCAGGAAGAUGAGAAUAGCCCAGAGGAUUUGCGUCUUGCCCGAGCCGUUCGCGCCAACGAUAAUCUUGGGGCUGGGCGUCAGGGUGAAAGUUAUGUCCUCGAACUUUUUGAAGUUCUGGAGGCGGAGCUGGUGCAGACUGGGGAGUCGGUGAUGCAAUACAGUGAGCAAAGCUCUUCUUCGAACUGCACUCCGGACGAGUUACAAUGUUGCAAACAACAUCACUACACAUACCGAAACUCUGACUGCGUUUCAACUUGAGUGGCCGAGUCCAGGGAAGGCGGCACAACGCCAAGACUCGAGGCAUUUCGACAUUGCUGCGCAAACGGAUGCGCGGCUCGCGCUGCCGCAGAUGAUUCGGCAGAUGUCUCGUUGGAGAGUGGGUGGAGCGUGCGCUCGGUGCCAGACGAAACGCUUUGCAUCAAUAAUCGCGCGAAACUGCAGGCUGCAGAAAGACUGGCUUUCGGCCUGCUCUCUGCCGAGACAUAUCGCAGCGGCAUCGCAAGCGCAGCAGAGUUGCAUCCAAGUCUGUAGCUCUUUGAUGACAAGGCGAGAAAAGCAAUGCGAUGCGGCACAGCGAAGAUUGCGGCGCCAGCCAUCGAAUUACGUGGAAACAUUUCGAGCUGAUAGACUGUUGCCACUGAGAAACGGACAGGACAAAACGUCCAAUCUUUGUUUUGCUUACUGGUGACGUUUUUCGGCUUGUUGGAGCUGAAUACCAUCGCGCAAAGUUGUAGUAACGAGUAGAAAUGUGGGGGUGGGGGUGGGGCAGACAAGUCGAUGUGCCUAGUUGCUGAACAAGACUUUUAUUUUCACGGAUAUUGUCGGUCACAUGUGGCCGAGCUCCAUCCCGUAAUCACACCCGCACCAACCAAUGAAUUUUAACGGACGCUGCUUCGGGUUUUCCUCGCGUUCAACGCGCCAGUUCGAUUGGGUGGCCCGCCGCCUUGUUCGCAGAGCUUCUGCAACGAUCGAGUCGAUAGCGCUUCGUGGACGGGCUCCUGGCUCGGAACGGGAAGAGGGAGGUCGUUUUUCACUGUCUCGGCUCGUUUUGCUGUUUCACUGCAGACCUGCCCCAAGCUCGGUGCACCCCGGAGCCAUUCCUCCUUCCCUUCCACGCAAAGCACUCCACAGAGCCCGAACGACGCUUUGAUUGCCUCCCGCUGGUGGUGGACGUGAUCGCUGCUGCCAGAUUGUCCACCCCUGCACUCGCGGCCGCUUUGGUUUCGCAAGCAACCCCCGCUGCAUCAUGGCGAAGGCUGCCGACCAGACCGUAUUCAGUGUCAAACUCGAACGUGCGGAGAUUACCAGCGGAUCGCAAUGCAAGGUUGUCCUUCAGGCGUCGGUCAGACUGGAGGCCACCGUGUCCCAAAUCUACCUCAAGAUUACACAGCGCAAUCCAAAAUCCGCAGAGUCUGUCGAGAAAGUGGAUCUCACCCAUGAAGCCUGCAUGUUCAGUGUCCACGAAGGGCCGGUAGUCUAUGUGAAGUGGACCAGCCAGCUGUCGCAAGUGACAAGGACAUUCAAGUGCAGCUUUGCCGGGUGCGACCAGAGUCUCAAGCAAGCAGAGCUGUUUCGCUCAUUCUGCAAAAACCUGUCCAACCUUUUCGCACCGGAUCUCCCAACCAAAGCUCUGAGUGAAUUCAACAAGCUGCUCCACUCGAGCGAGCCGCCACAAAAGAGCAUAUUGCAAUCAUGGUCUGUUCCGUCCUUGCCGCAGGCAGGACGCUCUGUGCAGUUGGAUGGCUCCUUUGGCGUAUUGCGAGAUGAAAACCGAAGACCGUCCAGUAAUGGGCAAGCAGUGGUCUCGCCAAAGUCUACUGGCUAUCGCCAGGUCGUGGCUACUGCUUGUUCGCCCAGUUCGCCAAUGACAACCUCGUUGAAUUACGCACCCACAAACCGGCUAUUUCACUCCAACUUUCCUUCGAGCAAUCGCUCGCUCCGAGAUUCUACUCCUAGCGCGUCCACGAGCAUAUCUGCCGCCCCGCCACUCACACCGUCCAAACCCUUGACUCCCUCCCAGUUCUUCAGCCCACCCAGCUCUCGGCCUGGUUACUCGCCCUUUUCCAGCACCAACUACUCACCCACGACGGCAACGAGUUCACUCACCUUCUCCAGUCCUACGAAAACCUUUACGCGCAAUGGCGACGACAAGAUAGGAUUGGAGAACCAGGGCAACGACUGUUAUCUGAAUGCCAUGCUUCAAGCGCUGCUUCAUUUGCCUCUGUGUAUUCAGAGCAUUGAGCACGCGUAUCAAGACUUGAAUUCCUCUGAUUCCCAACAACGUCCUUUGACACGAGCGAUGCUCAAGCUCGUACGAAAGCUCCACCCCUCUGCGCUUGAGGUACACUUGCCCAAGCGAGACGCGGCGAUCGAGGCCGCCAGCUCGGCGGCAGUCAAGAUGCGCGUCGGCGAUCGCUACCCCUCCUUUGGAACUUCUCGACAGCAAGACGCACACGAGCUGUUGACCCAUGUGUUGACAAUGCUAGAAUACGAGCUCUCGCCUCUCCGCGCUGCUCAGGCCUCGACGAUCUCUGCUCGCACACCUGCGAGCGACGAAGCAGCAGCAGCAACAUCCACACCCGCUCACUCGACGGUGCUUGAACAGCAGCCCUCCGAAGGGGGAUCUUCUGUCGAAUUUAUUGCAAGCGACACUCCUUCCCUCCACAGUUACCAGAGCAAACCGACUCGAAGGAGACUAGAGAAUGACGAUCUCGGCGACGGGGACCUUCCAGCGCUCGCAUCCAUCAUCCUGCAAACCGACCCUUCCGUCGUCAAAGCACAAUCACCUGCCGCCCAAUUGCCGGCUGCCAGUUCGAGUUCUGCUCUCCCAAACGCUCAAACUGACCCAGACAACCCAAUCAAACGGAUCUUCUCCGGACUGGAGCGCCAGGAGCUCGAGUGCCUGUCUUGCAAACGCCUGUCAGAGUCAACCGAAGAGUUUUACUGCCUGUCGCUCGAGCUACCUGGUCCGCUCGAAGCUUUCACCGCAAAGCCAUCGCUUGAUUCUCUUCUUCACAAACAUUUCACACCCCACAAAGUUGAGCGCACCUGCGAGCAUUGUGGCUUCAAGACGGCAAAUCGCACACGCCGAAUACUUCGCUUUCCCAACGUCCUCGCCAUUCAUCUGAUGCGAUUCCGCAACAACCUAUCCAAGCUCACCACCCCAGUUAAUCUUGGUCUUGCAGUUUGUGCAGACAAUGUGGCGCAUUCGAAAGCGACUCAUUCGCAGCCAUUAAUUCUACCGAGCGUUCCCGAGCCACCCACCCCUGUCAAACGCGUCCGCAACUCUGGCGCUGAAGAGCAGGCCGGCGACACUAGCGCCUCGAAACGCUCCAAAGUCGACUCGGACAACCUGUCCGAGAUGACAGAGGAGGAGCAGGUUCAGUUUGUCAUGGCGCAAAGCAUCAAGGAAGCAGAGCAGCAGCGCGAGAAGGAGGAGCAGGAGCUUCGUGAAGCGACAAUCGCAAGCUGCAUCUCUGCAGCACAGGACGAUAUCAUGCUCCUUGAUGACGACUCGCUGCUCGAGAUGCCUCUGCCCGGGCCGUCGGCGUCUGUGGGCUCGACUGGGGCUGAGCGAUUCAAGUAUCGAUUGGUCAGCGUUGUCCAUCACCAUGGCGGAUCCAUCCAGAAAGGCCAUUACACCAGCCACGUGCUGGAUUUUCAUGCAGGUCGGUGGUACGAGUGCAAUGAUGAGCGCGUGACGCCGGUGCCCCUCCAGGCGCCCUUGAUGCAGACAAGCAACAUGUACAUGUGCUUUUUUGUGACGCCGGAUAUUUUUCAGCGUGCCAUGCAGCGUGGCAAUGCUCAGCGACACGCCGAACUUGUCGCCAAGCAAGAAGACGACGCAAGCGAUGGUCUCGACGUUGCCCCGGCAAGCAAUCCAACCUCGCGUGUUUCACCCGAUUUUAAAGCGACUGCCAAGCCAUCACCCGGCUCAUCGACCAAAUUUGCGACAACUACCUCGUCCAAACCGGUUCUGGAGGCAGCGACGCGCGUUUUCGGACCAGCCGAACGCCAAUAUACGCGCUAACGUGUACAGCGAUGCAUUGUUUUGGCAAAGAAAAAAAAAAUACCCC